ACACACAUAAUACUUAUGCAUAGGAUUCUAUGCAUACUUCAACCUCAAAUUUAUUCGAGUGAAAUCUCGAUCUUUAUUUUUAAUAUAGUGUUAAAUGAAAAUUCAAAAUCAUGUCUGUUCCCGUACAAAAUAUUCAAGGAAAUAUGAUUCAGUCCUCAAAUAUUGUUCUUAACCAGGUUCCUUUAACACAUACGAUGAUUACAAAUGUAAACCCGAGUAAUGGAAUACCACUGGCAACGGCAAUUCCACAACCUGUAGAUCAUCAUCAGCCUGAAUUAAAGCAAACAAUGGUAGUUGAAACAAUGCCCAUACAGAAUUCAAAUAUUAUUCAAAAUGCAGCAUUAAGUUCAUUGACUCAUGGUGUUAAAUCAUCUCAAAGUGGCCCGACAACAAGCACAGAGAAUGCUCCAAUUUUAUCAAAACAACGUUUGCAAGAUAUCAUAAGAGACACAGAUCCUACAUUGAAUCUUGAAGACGAAGUUGAGGAGAUAAUACUUAAUUAUGUUGAUGAAUUCAUAGAUAAGGUUCUCAAUGGUGCAGCACUUAUUGCCAAAAAUAGACAUGUAUCUACAAUUGAUGUUAAGGAUGUGCAACAAUAUCUUACCAGAAAUUACGAAAUGUGGACACCUGGUUUUGGAACAGAUGAACUGAAAACUCUUAAACGAAGUUUCACAACUGAAUCCCAUAAACAGCGUUUAGCAUUAAUCAAAAAAACACUGAAAAAGUAUUAAGAACACACACAUAUUGUAUGUGGAAAUUAUAUGAUAGGAAUGUUGCAAAAAGGAAUGUAUCAUCAAUUUCAUAUAUAAUUUUUUUAUAUGAGCAUCAUUCGAAAUGGUGAAAAUUAAUUAAUCUAUUUUAUGCUGAUAUCCAGUUAUAAUUUUCAUAUUAAAUUAUUAAAGAGA